AUGACAUCGGUUGCAAUUUCACCCGACUCGAAGCUCGUCGCAACCUCGUCAUACGACAAAACUACACGAAUCUGGCAUGUUGACACGGGCGAGUGCAUAAGUCAACUGAGAGGCCACACUGAGGCACUGGCCUCGGCUGCCUUCUCGCCGGAUUCAAAACUCGUCGCCACAGCCGCUUUGGACAAAACUGUACUCAUUUGGAGCGUGGAGAACAUCUACCAUCAGCAGAGCAGCAAAGGCCACGCACAUCAAGUGGAGGCUGUUACUUUGGCGCCAAACCGGGAUCUGGUGGCCUCGGGAUCACAAUGUGACUGGCCGUAUUAUGGCCUCGCCAUCGCCAACAAUGGUACAUGGAUUACCUGGAAGAAUCGAAAAUUGCUUUGGCUGCCUGUUCCAUUUCGCCCCCACUGCUCCAAUAUCUUCGGAUCUAGCAUCGCAAUCGGUUGUACCUCUGGGAGGGUUGUGUUCUUCACAUUGAAGGCCUCAGAACUUAUGAAAUUGGAGAACUUCAGUGAGCCUCUCGUGUUAGAUAACCCUGUACUCGGAUGGCGUCGAUCUCGCGAAGGACGACCUGUCCCUGCACCCUAG